AUGGAGCCGGCCGCCGCGCCGCCCCCGGGCCCGCGCCCGGCGCUGCCCCUCGGGGGUCCCGGCCCGCUGGGCGAGUUCUUGCCGCCCCCCGAGUGCCCGGUGUUCGAGCCCAGCUGGGAGGAGUUCGCCGACCCCUUCGCCUUCAUCCACAAGAUCCGCCCCAUCGCCGAGCAGACGGGCAUCUGCAAGGUGCGGCCGCCGCCGGAUUGGCAGCCACCAUUUGCAUGUGAUGUUGAUAAACUUCAUUUUACCCCACGCAUCCAGAGGCUGAAUGAAUUGGAGGCUCAAACUCGUGUAAAAUUGAAUUUCUUGGACCAGAUUGCAAAGUAUUGGGAGUUACAGGGAAGUACUCUGAAAAUUCCACAUGUGGAGAGGAAGAUUUUGGACUUGUUUCAGCUUAAUAAGUUAGUUGCAGAAGAAGGUGGAUUUGCAGUUGUUUGCAAGGACAGAAAAUGGACCAAAAUUGCUACCAAGAUGGGGUUUGCUCCGGGCAAAGCUGUUGGCUCACAUAUCAGAGGGCAUUAUGAGCGAAUCCUUAAUCCAUACAAUUUAUUCCUGUCUGGAGACAGCUUAAGGUGUCUGCAGAAGCCAAAGCUGACAACAGACACAAAGGACAAGGAGUACAAACCCCAUGAUAUUCCUCAGAGGCAGUCAGUACAGCCUGUGGAAACGUGUCCCCCAGCUCGCCGAGCAAAACGCAUGAGAGCGGAGGCCAUGAAUGUUAAAAUAGAGCCAGAAGAGACAACAGAAGCCAGAACUCACAACCUGAGACGUCGAAUGGGCUGUCCAACUCCAAAAUGUGAAAAUGAGAAAGAAAUGAAGACCAGCCUCAAGCAAGAACCCACUGAGAAGAAAGAGUUUAUUUCUGAAAGUGAGAAAGAGAAACCCAAGAGUCGAUCUAAGAAAACCACCAAUGCUGUGGACCUGUAUGUGUGCCUCUUGUGCGGCAGUGGGAAUGAUGAGGACCGGCUUCUCCUGUGUGAUGGCUGUGACGACAGUUAUCAUACUUUUUGCUUGAUUCCACCACUCCAUGAUGUUCCCAAAGGAGAUUGGAGGUGUCCUAAGUGUUUGGCUCAGGAAUGUAGUAAGCCACAAGAAGCGUUUGGCUUUGAGCAAGCAGCCAGGGACUACAGCCUUCGUACUUUUGGGGAAAUGGCUGACGCGUUUAAAUCUGACUACUUCAACAUGCCGGUUCACAUGGUCCCCACUGAACUGGUUGAGAAAGAAUUUUGGCGAUUGGUAAGCACUAUUGAAGAGGAUGUCACAGUGGAAUACGGUGCUGAUAUUGCCUCAAAGGAAUUUGGCAGUGGCUUCCCUGUUCGAGAUGGGAAAAUCAAACUCUCACCGGAGGAAGAGGAAUAUCUUGAUAGUGGCUGGAAUUUGAACAAUAUGCCAGUGAUGGAACAGUCUGUCCUUGCCCACAUUACUGCAGAUAUAUGUGGCAUGAAGCUUCCUUGGUUGUAUGUUGGAAUGUGCUUUUCUUCAUUCUGUUGGCAUAUUGAAGACCACUGGAGCUAUUCUAUUAAUUACCUGCACUGGGGUGAGCCAAAAACCUGGUAUGGAGUUCCAGGGUAUGCUGCUGAGCAACUUGAAAAUGUGAUGAAGAAGCUGGCUCCAGAGCUCUUUGUGUCCCAGCCAGACCUCCUCCACCAACUUGUGACUAUCAUGAACCCCAAUACCCUGAUGACUCACGAAGUGCCUGUUUACCGAACAAAUCAGUGUGCCGGGGAGUUUGUGAUCACAUUUCCAAGAGCUUACCAUAGUGGUUUUAACCAAGGUUUUAAUUUUGCUGAGGCUGUGAACUUCUGUACUGUUGACUGGCUUCCAUUAGGCCGACAGUGUGUGGAGCAUUACCGUCUGCUUCACCGCUAUUGUGUUUUUUCCCAUGAUGAGAUGAUUUGCAAGAUGGCUUCCAAGGCUGAUGUACUAGAUGUCGUAGUGGCUUCAACUGUACAGAAAGACAUGGCCAUUAUGAUUGAGGAUGAGAAGGCUUUAAGAGAAACUGUUCGUAAAUUGGGAGUAAUCGAUUCAGAAAGGAUGGAUUUUGAGCUCUUGCCAGAUGAUGAGCGUCAGUGUAUAAAGUGCAAAACCACAUGUUUCAUGUCUGCCAUCUCCUGUUCUUGUAAACCUGGCCUGCUUGUCUGCCUCCAUCAUGUUAAGGAACUUUGUUCCUGCCCUCCUUAUAAAUAUAAACUGCGGUAUAGAUACACUCUGGAUGAUCUCUACCCCAUGAUGAAUGCGCUUAAGCUUAGAGCAGAAUCUUACAAUGAAUGGGCCUUGAAUGUGAAUGAAGCUCUGGAGGCGAAAAUUAAUAAGAAGAAAAGCCUUGUCAGUUUUAAGGCUUUAAUUGAAGAGUCUGAAAUGAAGAAAUUCCCAGACAAUGAUCUUUUGCGUCACCUUCGUUUAGUCACACAAGAUGCAGAGAAGUGUGCCUCUGUUGCACAGCAGUUGCUUAAUGGCAAAAGGCAAACUAGGUAUCGAUCUGGCGGAGGGAAGUCCCAGAAUCAGUUGACAGUCAAUGAACUUCGGCAGUUUGUGACUCAGCUCUACGCUCUUCCAUGUGUCCUUAGUCAGACACCAUUGCUAAAGGAUCUCUUGAAUCGAGUGGAAGAUUUCCAACAACACAGCCAAAAAUUGCUCUCUGAAGAGACGCCCAGUGCUGCUGAGCUACAGGACUUGCUAGACAUCAGCUUGGAGUUUGACGUUGAGCUUCCACAGCUUGCGGAGAUGCGUACCCGCCUGGAACAGGCUCGCUGGCUCGAAGAGGUGCAACAAGCUUGCCUUGACCCCAGCUCCCUUACUUUAGAUGAUAUGAGACGCCUCAUAGAUCUGGGAGUGGGCUUGGCCCCUUAUGCAGCAGUUGAGAAAGCUAUGGCCCGGCUUCAGGAACUGCUUACGGUAUCAGAGCAUUGGGAUGACAAAGCCAAGAGUCUUCUCAAGGCCAGACCUCGACAUUCCCUGAAUAGUCUUGCUACGGCAGUAAAGGAGAUUGAGGAGAUCCCCGCAUAUCUGCCCAGUGGUGUGGCUCUGAAAGACUCUGUGCAAAGAGCCAGAGACUGGCUUCAGGAUAUAGAAGCCCUGCAGGUUGGAGGACGUGUGCCAGUGUUAGACACACUAAUAGAACUUGUUGCGCGAGGCCGAUCUAUCCCAGUGCAUCUUAAUUCUUUACCAAGACUGGAAUUGCUUGUAGCUGAGGUUCAGUCUUGGAAAGAAUGUGCUGCAAAUACAUUCUUGACUGAGAACUCUCCAUAUUCUCUCCUAGAGGUGCUGUGUCCUCGAUGUGAUGUUGGCCUUUUGGGACUGAAGAAGAAGCAGAGAAAGUUAAAGGAAUCCUUGCUAAGUGGAAAGAAGAAAAGCACCAAAUUAGAGAGCCUGAGUGACCUGGAGAGAGCUUUAACUGAGAGCAAAGAGACCGCGUCAGCUAUGGCAACACUUGGGGAAGCUCGGCUAAGAGAAAUGGAGGCGUUGCAGUCUCUCAGGCUUGCCAAUGAAGAGAAAUUGCUGUGUCCUGUCCAAGAUGUGGAAAUGAAAGUCUGUCUGUGUCAGAAGGGUCCGGCUGCCCCUAUGAUCCAGUGUGAACUCUGCAGGGAUGCUUUCCACACUAGCUGUGUGGCAGUACCCAGCACUUCGCAAGACCUCCAGAUUUGGCUUUGCCCUCACUGUCGGAGGUCAGAGAAACCCCCGCUGGAGAAAAUCCUGCCCCUUCUGGCCUCCCUGCAGCGCAUCCGAGUUCGCCUUCCUGAAGGUGACGCUCUGCGCUACAUGAUUGAGAGAACCGUGAACUGGCAACACCGAGCCCAGCAGCUACUCUCGUCGGGGAAUCUCAAAAUUAUACAGGAUCGAGGGGGCUCAGGACUUUUACCCAGCAGAUGGCAAACCUCAGUGGGACAGACAACAGAGACAAACAAGGUGUCUCAGCUUUCUGGCACAGCACCCUUUUCUUCACCUGAUGAUAGGGACCGCAGACUCUCACAUUUACAGUCAUCUUUGGCUACUGGAUGGAGUUGUGUCCCCCUUCUUGGUAUUAGUCCUGAAGUGAAUGAAUUGCUGAUGGAAGCCCAGUUGCUCCAGGUAUCCCUUCCUGAAAUUCAGGAACUUUACCAGACUUUACUUGCGAAGCCAAGCCCAGCUCAGCAAAGCGACCGAAGCUCACCAGUUAGGACCAGCAGUGGGAAGAGUGACUACUGCCGUGGGAAGCGAGACGGAAUCCACAGUCUUGAAAGGAAAAUGAAGCGACGCCUGGAAAGAGAAGGCCCAUCCAAUAACCGGUGGGACCGAGUUAAAAAAAUUCGGACCCCCCAGAAGAAGAAAAUCAAACUGAGUCACCCUAAGGACAUGAACAGUCUCAAGUUAGAGAGGGACCGUAGCUAUGAAUUAGUUCGUUCUGCCGAAACCCAUUCCUUGCCCUCAGACACAUCCUAUUCUGAACAAGAGGAUUCUGAGGAUGAAGAUGCCAUCUGCCCAGCUGUUAGCUGCCUGCAGCCAGAAGGAGAUGAGGUGGACUGGGUCCAGUGUGAUGGCAGCUGCAAUCAGUGGUUUCAUCAGGUCUGUGUUGGUGUUUCUCCAGAGAUGGCAGAGAAGGAAGACUACAUCUGUGUGCGCUGUACUGUGAAGGACGCACCAAGCCGGAAAUAAAAACACAAAAACAAACACAUUUACCCACACCCCACACCCUACUUAACGUAAUUCAGGACUCCAACCAAGAAGAUUUCUUCAAUUUCUCAGCAAAGCUACAGGGCUGGUGUUCAAACCAGCCUGUAAAAGGUGCUAUUUCUACUCCUUAUGGGAUCAUUUUUCCAGAACUCUUUGAAAAAAAGAAAAAACUAAAAAAAAUUUUUUGACACUUUUUGUAUUUUUUUUCCUUAAGAGCUGUUUGUGGUCAUUGAGGUUUGAAAUGCUGACUGUUCUCUGCAGGGGUUUCCACCAAAUUGGAAGGCGUUGGAGCUCGCACCUUUUCAUGUACAGCAUUAAAAUCUUACUCUGGGAUUUACCGGCUUAAGAGUUCAACUCAGUUUCAGUGCUUGGAAAGGCACCAGAAAUUCCAGUAAAUCCUCAUUAGAGGAACUUCUCUCUUGUUUACUCUGUUACCAUAUUGGGGACUUAAGUUUUUCGCUUUUGGGGUUCUGUUCGUUUAUCUCCUUUUCUUUUUCCCCAGUAGACUAGGUUUAUUUAUCUAAGCAAUAACUUCUCUGUUGGUUUCAGUGGCUGGAAUUAAAACAAACAACAAAACAAACUUCCAAGCAGUGUGUUGGUGCUUUAGCAUUUGGUUGAUGUGCAGAAUGCAAAUGUCUGGCUUCUAGUGUCACUGAUGAACUGGUGAUGUAGAAAGAGACUGCUCUGUGAGUAACCGCCACAGCUGUAGUUUGGCUUUCUCCCUCCCCCACUAGUUUUGCUCCCCCCCUUAGUAGCUUGUAUCAGAUGUUGCAGUUGUUGCAGUUUAUAUUGUGGAAUAAAACCUUGGUCCUCAUAGAACACUAAAUGCUGCUUAUUUAGAGCCACCAGACAGACCACUGCUUCUUCUGUCCCUCUUCCUUCCUCAUGGGCUUGGGAGAACCAGAGGGGUUGCUUACUUUUGCCUCUGCCCACCCAGGCUGCGGUAGCAGUAAAUGAUCACUUGCAGACAACUAGAUUUUUUUUUUUUUAAUCUUGCUCUGUUUGAGGGCCCAUAUUUCCCCAGUUCUUACAAGCAACUUCCUUGCCUGCUCCUCUUUACACCCACGCACACACGCACUCAUGCAGUUCUGUGUCCAGAGGAUAGAAACCUUCUCUAAAGCCAUGCCUUUUGGUAUUGUUUUGUUAAUCUUUCUCAAACGUUUACAAAUAACUCCAAACCUCAAAUCACCCCUUUGUAAAGUUUUUAUAUCUUGUUUAGGGGUAUUAAAGGUAAUCUGGAAGAACCUCUCCAGAAAGGAUCCAGAAAGGAUGGUUUGAGAGAAAACCUGUUCUCUUGGCUAGGCCUGAGAACAGCCUCUUCCUCCCUGGUGUCCUCCUGUCUCGUUCUGACUCUCCAGUUGUUAUUGCUGGUUGUGGGUAGCUUAUAGUUUCUUCCCUUUCUUUUAAAGAAGUCUGUUUUGUGGUGGAGAAGACAUUCUGGUGAGCAGAAUAGAUUCUUGUUUAUCAACUCUUGAUUAUCCUUGUUUUCCCCACAUCCCAUAGCCAUAAACCUGAAGAUGGGGAGAACUCGUGGGGCCUCCUAUAAAGCAAAACAACAAAAACAGCAGUUUGCGACGUAGCAGACUGAAAUGCACCAUCCCCUUUUAUGCAGUUCAAUGAAUUAAAUACCUGUAAGAAUGAUUCCUAAUUGUCUGCAGCCUUCCCACAAUUGUGACAUUUCUCCUUGUCUGAGGGGGUUCUGGAGCCAACAGAGAAUAAUAAUUUCCAGAGUACAACCUGGAAUAAUAAUGGAUCAACUUUUUUUUUUUUAAAGUAUCCAAAUUCUUAGAACAUACUCUUGUCAUUGGGGCAAGAUGUCAGUUGUCCCAGCGCAGUUUAGAAAACUGGAAGGGGAAGAGAGCCUUCACUUCAUCUCCCACCAGCCCUCACUAGCUUUUCUCCACCUGGAAGUUUUAUGUAGCCUCUGACAAUGUUCUUGGUGAGAUGGUCUCUGCAUCUCUCAGGAGGGCAUGCAUGUCCCUGUAUGAGCACCACUGACCUUUCCACAUUGUGACUCUGAAGUUAGCGGCAGUUGCCAGGACAGUGCUGAGCACUGCUAGUUGUCUUCCAGCUCCUUUCCAGUUCCUCCUACCCGCUAAACUAACAGACUGCAAAUGAACACAUUGACCUUUCAACUGAUGCCUUCUGUUUUGUGCCCAAAAUGACGAAAGUGAUGUUACCUAAUACUUUUGUUUCAUUGUGUCUUAGCUGUGACACCAUCCUGUAUCUUAGAGAAACAUCUGAACUUGGGGGGGGAAGAAGAGAAAACACAUAGAAACCGACACUUUGCUGUCUGAAUAUUUAUAUAGUUAGAUGAGUUGGGAGAAAGGACGAUGUGCAAUUGGUUAAAAAAAAAUCUGAGCCCAGCACCAAAGAGGGUAUGAGCUUGCCCCCCCCCCCCGUCGUUGUUUGUUUAUUUCUCCUUUCAAACCAGAUUCUGCAGAAUUUCUUAUAUAAAGGACUUGCUUAUAUGUGACCUCUAGACUGAAGAAUGUUUAUUUAAUUUGGACUAGCUGUAAAGGAAUUGGACUUUGUUUACGUCUUCAUUCUAGCAUCCUGGGAGAACUAUGUCUAGGUUAAACUAAAUGGCCAGAGAUGCUACCUCUAGUAGAACUUGACAAAACCUGAAUCUCUGUUUCAUUCGCCAUGGAUAACUUGUAAAAACAGAAGUGAAGUAUCUGAGAUGCACCUAGUUUGCCAUUACACCUCCCAUCAAAAGUCAGACUGCCCUCUGAGUAUUCAUUCAUACAGCUUGAACCUGAGAAGAAUGGGUGCUUGGUCGGAAGGGGGAAACUCAGCUUCUUUUUCUGCUUGUUGCAAUCUGAAGGCCCUUUUCAAAUGGAGUUCUGUCUCUUGAUGUCUUUUCCCCCACCCCACCCCCACUUACAAUCUUUUUCUCCCACUUACUGGCUUAUAAUGUUUGGCCUUCCACUAAGGCUUGCACUGGAGUAGAAACAGGCAUUGGAUGGUAUUUAGUGUCACAAGGUACUUUUCUGAGUUCCACCAUGUCUAGGAUUCCUGCCGUGUAACACAAAUAGAUUAUGGAUGCCAUAUAUCCACAACAGGAGAUGGAACUGGACAACAGAUAAUAAACCUGUUUCUACUCCUUGGCCACAGUGAUGCAGAAAUCACAGUCCCCUUCCAGUGAAACAUUGCCUGUUGGGAAGAAAGCGGAGAAAAGCAGUGUUGGUCCCAGUGCCUUUAACCCACAUGAGUGUCGGAGUCUUAUCUCAGCUCCGAGUUAAGUGCCAGAGUGAUGGCUUCACAGUUUCUGCCCCUCUUACUAGGCCCUUGCAUGUGGCUUUGCUAGGCCUCUCAUUUUUUUCAAGGAGUUCCAUGUGUAUCUUGUAAUAAAAAUGUUAAAUUGAAAAGCUGCCUAAACAAAGCAUUGUGUAAAGCAGGAACUUGUAUAAAGUAAUAUUGUUUGUAAAUUCAUUUUUAAAGCAUAAAGAAUUUGUAAAAUGUAUAUUUCACUUAUUCUACAUUUGUGUAAACAGAUUUUCAUGUUUCAAGAUGAUACAGAUAGGAACACAUCUCUACAUUUCUAUCAAAAAAUGUGGACAAAAAAAUCUGUUGCCAGCCAGCAACAGAACAUAAGCUAGCUCCCUGUUUUGGUUCUGGGUUUAUUGUACAAGGAUGGAGGGCUGGGGUUUGGUGAGUGUAGAUAUGUUCUUUAUUUUGUUUCCAGCAAAACCUGCUGCAUUGCAGGAUUGGAAUGGAAUUGUGGGGUCAUUGACCUGUUUCAGGUGAGUGGAGGACUAUGGACUGUGCAUCCUGCUUCCCUUUGGAGAGGGAAUAGAGGAAUUAAAAAGUUGUAUUUCUGAAGAAA